AAUUACAUUGUUUGCAUUUUAUUUAGGUUUUAAUUAACAAGCAAUGAACAGCACUUUGGAAAAGCAGAGAAAGUGUUGCAGAGAAACGGUCACCGUACUGUAAUAGAAAACAGGUGGCGCUGUUGCUACGGUGACGUCGUUCGUUGUUUCCUCACUGCUUUUUUUCCAGAGCAAAAUAUGGAAGGUUACAAGUCUGCACAUAAAUGUAAAUCAAGUGAACAGACUCCCACAGUUCACGUUUUUCUACAACAGGAGAUUUGGGCUUUACCCGGCGCUAGGACCCAGGGUGCGCGAUUUUCAUCUCCAGCUGCUGCAGACUGAAAACUGGCAAUAAGGGAAGAUCGCGAGGACAAGCCAAAAUUGCUUACCAUAUUCAUUCUACUUCGAAAUCACACCCGUGCCCCCUCUCCGAAGCCUCCCUGCAGACAACAAUAGCUUGUUGCGCUGCUUGCAGGCUUUGAGGCUGUCGACAGCUCGGAGCGCAAGCAUAUCAGUGCAUUUCAAAGAAAACUGUCCUGACUGGCUCAGCUACCACCUGAGGCAUGUUGUGCUAAAGAAACACCUAUGCAGGUGGAUUCUACACUAAUGAAUGUAGGGGAUGGAGGCACGGUGAGCAGAGAGAUCAGUGCUCCAAAUAAAGCGUCGUCUAGUAUGGUGGGAAAUCCCCCCCAGGCGCUACCUCCUGAGUUUAGAGGAGAUGUAAACCUCAGUCAACAAAACAAGACCACUCCAACAAGAGACUGUAAGACAGUAAAAGCAUGCCUGGACACUAGCAAUUGCAACCACACCCCUGAACUUUCUCCGCCUAAACAGCCUAAUAAUGCACCAAUGUCCAGCUCAGUUCUCACCAGCUCAGAGAAGAGAACAGACAAAAGGACAGAGGCCCCUAAAGUCCGAGCCAACAGUGCUGGGGUCUUCUCCACUCCUCAGUGGCCAAGCAGUGUAAAAGCAAGCCGGGAAGACUCUCUCAACCCUUGUCACAGCAAUGUGACAUCCAGUAAGAAAUCACAUCCGCAAACACAAUCCUUGCAAAGUGUUCCUCCAGGGUUUCAGUGUUCUGCCAUGUUUAAACCAGCCCAGUCUGUUGCCUUUCUUCCCACUAAUUUUUCUUCUCCACUUUGUAAAAUUACUCUUCCACCAGCAUUAGGUCAGAUUGCAGCUUUGAGAGAAGCCACAGCUAGUCAGUUUCCGAAAGAAAUCCAUGCUCAAAGCUCAGGUGUUGGAGGGACACCUCUCAUGCGGACCUAUCCCUGCUCAUUGUCUGUGGGCCGGACUCCAGACAAAAAGGCAGGUGGAUCAAUGUUAAAGCUCAAAUCUAACCACUCAUCAAGUAAGAAUGCCAAAUCUCUAGAACAUAAAUCUUUAGCCUCUGUGGUAGCCUCACCAGCUAUUACACUACCGUUGCAGCACCCAUCAUUAACUUCAACAGCACCCACCCACUACACCUUGUCUCCCACUGCUGCUAUUUGCUGCGGCUCUGCACUGGCCAGCAUCACCUCUCAGAGCAGACUGCUGAACCAUGUGGAGAAAGGCAACAGCAUGGAUAAGACAGCCACGGGUUGUCUUAACACAGCACCCCCUACUGCUACAGGGGACCAAACAUCUAGCUCAGUUGAACAAAGAGACGUUCCUCUCGAUUUGUCUGCAAAAUCAAAACGUCCAAAAUGCAUAACCGACGCUCCAGUUUCCAUGAUGGUGACUCAUAUUAAUGAGUCAAAUCCAAGAGAUUUUCUGAAUUCAAAGAGGACUCAUUCUACAACCUAUAGCUCAGCUCUGCAAUACCCCGUCUUACCAAAUACCCACAGGAACGGAUCUCAUCAGAAGCAAAUAAAUAGGACUCAGAAUCACCAGGUCCCAGAACCUAAGCCAACGUGGGGUAAAGGAUCUUCACAGGACUCAAUAAAAACCAUCCCUGGUACAUAUGUAGGUGUGGCUAGUCCCAUACUGGCUUCUACCCUAAGAGGCAAAGAUGGAAAAGGGACCUUUGCUGAUGAAUUUCAGAGUUUUGCAAAGCAAGAGUUUAUAUCUAUAAUUGACCAAGGAGAGCAUCUGGCCUCAGGGGGAAAGAAGCCAUCCUGUCUGAUGAAGGGUAACCAACAUGCGCACAGUGUCAAGCAUGUUAAAAACACCAGCACAGCCAUAACUAAGAACUGUCCCCCUAAAGGAGCCCUCACAACUGCACUGUCAAGUUCUGCUAACGCUCAGAGUCAUCAGAAAUCUGGAUCUGGCAAAACUCUGGUGCCAUACUCUACUGCUGCUGUCAAUCCUUCUUGGCAGCAGCCGCCUCAUCUUCCACACCAACCCUCACCUGUUCAGCGAAAAAUCUCACAGGGAUCUCCAAAGACAAAGGGCACUACAGUUACAGAGGGAUGUACAUUUCAAACCGCCCAUCACAGCCCGUCCAAACCUGAGGAGGAUAAGUGGGAGAAGAUGAAGUCUCCUUUGUCCAACCUUGCGUCUAUUGUAAAGCAGCAGACUCUCGAGACAGCACUGGCAGGUGAGGGCAAUACUCACGUCUCGCCUGGUGCUACAAGACAAGUCGAUAUUCUGAAUUCACUCACUGGGAGCCAAGAUCCUCAAUCCAAACACACUUGUGCUUUUGAAUACCCACCAUACUGGUCUGUGGACAAAUGGCCUGGUGUGCAGUCUCAAGGGGAACUGACUCAAGCCAUGAAAAGACCUGAAAAGGUAAACCCUGCUGAGCCCCAGGAGAAUGAUACUGCCAUGCACACCAGUCAGGAAGAGCACAUGGGACAACAAGCAAAGCAAGGCUCCUCAAAGCCUCCUGGUCAGUGUCAGCUCUUUGGAAGCAAUGCAUCAACAAAUGGAAACAGGAUGGAGAGCAAGCUAGCCCAGGUGUUAGAGGGGGAGAUAACAAAGAAGGAAAGCAGGACAUCGGACAGUCCGCACAGUGAAAAAUUGGAGGGUAUGGUUGCGUCCAUUCUUACGGGCCAGUGUACUGGUGGAGGUGGCAAGUUUGUAAAGAAGGCUAACAGAACCAAAGAGGAUUUGCCAACCAAAGCAAAAACUGCUGCCAUGAAACAGAAGAAGACCACCCCGAAGAAGCCAGCAAAGGAGAAGUCCCCAGCAGACCCAUUAAAAAAAACAGCAAGGCAGAAAAAGCAGGACACAGAAAGUAACCCUGUCAAAGUGUCCCAAAAUAAAAAGCAGAAGAAACAAUGUGCAAAUGUGCCGGAUCAGAACCUGUUGGAAGAGAAACUUUCCCCACAGUGUAAAAGGGUGAUUCCAAAGGCAAAAAUCAGCCCCAACGAGGCUGAGCAACCAACCCGCAACAAAGCAGAUAGCAGGAGCCGUCCUCAGAGUGAAGAGACUUCAGUGUCUCUCAGUAAAUCUGCCGUAUCCAAGAAAGAGGUAGAUGCAACAGAGCUCUCCAUCCCGAGACUGAGGAGAGGAAGACGACGAGCUGACGAUGCUCGACUUGACCUCUGGGGCUUUGCAACACCUUCUCCUCCACCCCCACCAACGCCUCUUCCUGCUGCUUCUCCCCCACUGUCACCCUCAUUGACUCCCACCCAACCCGCCCGCCGCCCAAGAGGGAGGCCUCGAUCGAACAACCUGCCAGAGCGCAUGUUUCAGGGCAAGGCCAAGACAGCCGGUGCAGUGGGUGUCGCCCCUCCUCAUAAGAAACGCCGUCGAUGUUCCAGUAAGAAGUAUGAGACUGGUGAUUACAUCACAGAGAGAGACAAGCUGGAAGACGGAGAGCACCUUGAAGACUCCACGAGACAGGAAACUGGAAUUCCAAGAGAUGCACCGGCAGAUCAGUGUCCAAGCCCGGCUGCCUCUAGUCCAGAGUCUCCCCUGAGGAGACCCUCAUUCACGCGCUCAGGAUCAGUCCGCUACCAGGAAAGCAAGGAAUCUCCGGAGCGCAAUGACAAACCUUCAGGAAAAAGGAAGUUCAAAAGCAAACAUUUAUGUGACAAUGAAGAGCAGAAGAGUAAGACCAAACGCAGCAGCUUGGGGAAACGUGGUGCCUCCCACCCCCUGGACGAUGAUUGUGAAGGUGUAAAAAGAUCAGUUACCCCACCACCCACUCCAAAAAAUUUCCCAUCUUCUCCAUCUCACAAGAAAAGUUCAUCGGGUAAAAGUAGCAGUUCAGACUUGCCACCAAAAAGGCCCGUUCCCCCAGAGGUCCGUCGGCUGAUUGUCAAUAAAAAUGCAGGCGAGACUCUGCUGCAGCGGGCUGCCCGCCUUGGCUAUCAGGACGUGGUUCAGUAUUGUCUUGACAAGGACAUCAGGGAGGUCAAUCGGCGUGAUAAUGCAGGUUACACUGCCCUUCAUGAGGCGUCCUCACGAGGGUGGACUCAGAUUGUCCAGCUGCUUCUGAAACAUGGUGCAGAUGUCAACUGCAGUGCUCAGGAUGGAACUCGGCCGCUUCAUGAUGCAGUAGCAAGUGAUAACCUUCCGAUAGUUUGGCUGCUCCUGAACCACGGUGCAGAUCCGACUCUGGCAACCUAUUCAGGACACACACCGGUCAAACUGGCACAUAGUCAGAGCAUGAAGACCUUCCUCAUAGACUAUUUCACAGACCUGGAAGGCCGCAAUGGACAGGAUCCAGGUUUACCUUGGGAUUUCUACAGCAGCUCCCUGUUUGAGACUGAGCAGGAGCCGUGCUGGGACUUCCUGCUGUCUGAGCAGAACCAGGAGCAGGAGGAGAACAGAACUGGGAAGACUGAGAGGGAUUUGGACAAAGAUUGCCUUCUGUUUGAGUUCUCCUCUGAGCCCCUCCUACCCUGCUAUCAUGUUCAGGUGUCAUUAACACAGGGCUUUUGUAACUGGUUCCUCCUGACAGACGUGCUGAAGCGUCUGAAGAUGUCAGCACGGAUCUUCCGGGCCCGUUACCCACACUUCGAGGUAGUGAGUUUGUCUCAAGCUGAGCUCUGGAGGCAGGUUUCUGUCAGCCAGGUGAGCUCCGCUUUAGCUUCUCCCCACAAAGGCAAAAAUAAACAGGAAGACAAGGAAGAAGAGGAAGAGGGACUUGUAGAUCUGGUGUGUUGUGUACCAGAGCUCCAGAGACUACUAGGCUCCUCCAUUCACAUCCUACAAGAGGAUGAGGAGGAAGAGAUGCUGAAAAACACAGGGAAGCCUAAAAGCUGAUAGCCUCCUCCAGCAUGCAGACAGACUGCUGUCGUCUUAUCAGGCCAGGUCCUUCACGCAAGCAGCAGCUUAUAUGAAGCUUCUCCGUCCGAUGUAAUGAGGGUCAUAGGUUUAACUCCAGCUACAGUAAAGACUUGACACUCCACCUUUGACCUCAUGCACAGGAGUGGUCAGUGUUGGAAAGCAGCUUUCAGGUUCCUAUCUAUAGGUAUAUUUGAAUACACAAGAAACUUUUUUAUUGAAUAUGUAUGUAUAUGGUAGUGUAUAUGUAUAUCUUGCCAUCAGGGUUAACAUGUUUGGUUAUUAAAUGACUUCUUAUGGCAAGGGACGGAUCAUUUUUGGACUUUUUGUUUGAGUUUGUUCCUGAGGAAAAGCGAUAUUUUUCAUCAGGAGAUAAUCCAAGGCUUUUUAUCUUGGUGAACUCCUGUGUAAAGCUAAGACGCUUAAGUCAGGGAGGCCACCUGCCCAGAUGGUUUCUUUGAAAACCUCAGAGACCUGCAAAGAAAGGAGACCAUGGAACAUAAUGAUUCUCCCAGCUCAGAGCUACAUUUCCAAACGCUCCUCUGUUAUACUUCAUCAUCCUCAAGAGAUCAUGACUGGAUGCAUCUGAGAGCUCAUCUUUCCUCAGCAUUUUGCAAAGUAAGCCUAGGCAGCACUAAACAGUCUCCGUCCCUUCUUGCAGUAUGAAAUAAUGUCAUUUUGGAGCUUGAGAUUGAUAGUUUGUUUACAGAAUGGGACACCGUAGUUCUCCAGUCCUCACAAAGUGAUACAGAAUCCUGUGGAUAUCUCUCGGAGGAAGAACUGUACCAUCUCUGGAGCCCAGAGGAACUGAAACGCCCUCUUAACUGCAGCCACGAUUGUCCCCCCACUUCCUGAUAUAGUGUUUUCAGAUCCCAGAGUGCUUUGUGUUGCAGUGUUUUAUUUACAUUGUUUGUUGUGCUUAAUUUAAUAGUCAUUAAUAUAUUUGACCUCUUGUGUAUUUGAAAACCCUAUCUAUGAAAAAUGCUUUCUAUGGUUGGUGCUUCAUUCUAAAAUGUACUUACUAGGAUCCCUUUAUUAUGAGAUUUUCCUCCCGCAUUCAAAAACAGUAUUUCAAAAAGCAAAAGUACAGUUUUAUUGUACUGGUGCUAAGAUAGAUUUUGUGUUGACAAUCAAUGAAGUUUUGGUUUGAAGUCACAAACUUAAAAAAAAAUGUUAUUUAAGAGACUUAAGGUGUAAAAUAUAGUUUAGCUGAAGAAAAUGGGAUACAAGACUGGGAGACUAAGAAGUGUGUGUGAUCCUGAAAGAGUCUUUUAUUUGAUUCUUUUAUAAGAAAUCCAGCAGAAUAAAGCAUGAUUGUUAAUCA